AUGGCCGAUUCGACCCAUAAAACCACAGACGAGUUGGAACACCAGCGAGUUUGGGACCGAGGAGAUGUAGUCAUCCAGGGGUUUAGAAGGCUGAGCAUCAAGUAUCGGUGGUCAACCGAUCAGUACUAUGAUCUGAUCAGAACUUUCCAAGAAACUCGCUCAACUUUCUCAAGCGACCAAGCAACCACGAAGGAAUCAAUAUUAAACCAGCUACAAUUUUGUGCUCUACCUAAAUUACACUUUCAAAUCACCAACCUCUCACAUUCACUCAAGCCACUUGGCUUACAGAAAGCACCAGAAUCGAAAUUCGAGAUCCUCUUGGAUAUCCAAUCAGAAAUCGAGGCCAUUCUAGACCUUAUCAUCCGCCUCACUUAUAUCCUCUACCCAGAACCUACAUAUGCAGCUUCGCAUCCUGAAAGCGAAGUACUUUGA